AUUUAAACGGGAGACUGCGCGAUGCCUGGCACUCGGUGCGCCCUCCGCGGACCGGGAGACCCAGCGCACGGCGGCAGCGUCACUCUCGUUCCAGCUGACCCCGCGCCGAGCCCGGGCGGCUCGGGCCGCGGCCGCACGCAGCGCCACGCGUCGAAAGCGCAGGCCCCGAGACCCGCCGCACUGACAGUAUGAGCCGCACCGCCUACACUGUGGGAGCCCUGCUUCUCCUCUUGGGGACCCUGCCACCAGCUGCCGAAGGGAAAAAGAAAGGGUCCCAAGGCGCCAUCCCCCCGCCGGACAAGGCCCAGCACAAUGACUCGGAGCAGACUCAGUCGCCGCAGCAGCCCGGCUCCAGGAACCGGGGGCGGGGCCAAGGGCGGGGCUCUGCCGUGCCGGGGGAGGAGGUGCUGGAGUCCAGCCAAGAGGCCCUGCACGUGACCGAGCGCAAAUACCUGAAGCGAGACUGGUGCAAAACCCAGCCGCUUAAGCAGACCAUCCACGAGGAGGGCUGCAACAGCCGCACCAUCAUCAACCGCUUCUGCUACGGCCAGUGCAACUCCUUCUACAUCCCCAGGCACAUCCGGAAGGAGGAGGGCUCCUUUCAAUCCUGCUCCUUCUGUAAGCCCAAGAAAUUCACCACCAUGAUGGUCACACUCAACUGCCCCGAACUGCAGCCGCCUACCAAGAAGAAGAGGGUCACACGCGUGAAGCAGUGUCGUUGCAUAUCCAUCGAUUUGGAUUGAGCCAAAUCUAGGUGCACCCAGCCUGUCCUAGGGAUGCAGCCCCAGGCGGGCCCAGAGCCAGACCUAAAACAACCCCAUUCUUUCUUGGCUUAAACCCAGAGGCUGGAAGAACCACCAGCUGCCUCCUGGCAGGAGCCUGCUUGUGCGUAGUUUGUGUGCAUGGGUGCCUGUGCGUGUUUUCAGACACCAGAGGAAACACAGUCUCUUCCUAUUAUGUAAACAUAUCUGCUUUAACAGGGUGGUCCAGAAGCCCACCCAACCCUGACUCACAUCCAAAGAGGUGGGGCGUGGUCUGGUUCUGCCUUUCUCAUCCCCGUGCCCUCUUGGGGACCAGAAUCUCCCUUUGGUAUGAAUGUUAAUGGAAGAGGCUACCUGUUGUAGUGCUGCAUUAGACUUGGGAAAGUUCUUGCAACCUGUGCCUGCUUCCUCCUCUUCCCUGCCACAGUCUGUCCCUUCUUCAGUGACCAUGUCAGUCUAAUCCCACGUCUGCCAAAAUUUCUACAUUAAUUCGCUUCACCUUGGGCGUAAAUGUUUUUCAUAUUGUGAAGACCCUCCGGACUCCAGGGGAGGCUGGUGCGUGCAAGGACAAGCAAGAUAGUGAGUGAGAAAGGGAGGGUGGAUGGUGCGGCUGAGUCCCGCCCAGCAGAAGUCAGUAGGGAGAUGUGCAGAGGCUUGAAAGGCCAGUUCCGGAGCACAGGGAGACCCAUGCUUCAUGAACAUUUUUUCCUACUAUUUAACAGGACCCAGGUGAACAGAGGAGAAAUGAGAUUGCCUAAGAGUCAGUGUGAUCUGCUGAAACGAUAACCCAACACCAAACUUCACACGUAAAUAUUGGCCCCUCCCAUUUUCAGAACCAAGUGAGUGAGCUAAACCAACCAGCCUUUCUGCUUUGUCCCUCACGUGGACAAUAGAUGUAGUUCAGAACCCUUUCCACAGGGAAUAAACAAAAACCUCAUAGGCCAAAGGUCCUAAUAACUUCCAUUUUUCUUGGUUAUAAUCAGCUUCUUUCCUACUUCAUGAUUUCUGCAUAAUGCUUCUGAGCAUUAUGCCAUAUGAGAGCCACAAACCUGUAUGGCAAAGAUUCUGCCUCUGCUGAGUGUAACUAACAACGUCUAAGAUGAAAGAGCUUAGGGCGCGCUCCAUUUUAGCUAGAGAUAUAUUUUGGGUCUUUUCGUUUUAGCCAUUGUUAUGCUAUUGAGCUAGAGAGGAGAGUAAGGUAAGAAAGGAGAUUGCCUCUGGCUAAGGAGUAGUUAGCUCUUAAUACCUGGAAGGGAUGUAAGGGCGCUAACCUCUCCUUCUUCAUUUGUCCUCUGAAGGUCUGAGGGGAAAUCCUGUUGAGAGAGCAGAGCAUGGGGUUCCCCAGCUGUUUGUCUACUGCUGGUGGCAUCCAUGUAACAUUGUAACCAUUCACUGCCUACUGGUAGGUGCUGUCAUCUGAUUAAGCUUGGCCUGUUCACAAGGCCUACUGAGGAUUUAUCGAAAGACCGAAGUGCAGAAUGGGUGAACCUACUGCGCUUUGAAUUUGGCUAACCUGUUCUCCUCAGGCGCCCCAGAUAGUCUUUUUACCUUGGAUCUUCUCCACCUCACUGUCCGAGUCACAUGUAAUAUGGAAAACAAACACCAUGCACUUGGGAUUCAGUUGCCCGUCAAGACUCCAGUAUUCAAAGAGCCAUUGCAACUAAAGAAGCGGUUUUUAUUUUGUUUUUGCUUUUCCAGUGCACUCCCAUCUAACAACUAAACAGGCACUGUUUUAAGGCAGAAGUUUUCUUGAACAUCCAAAAUGUUGGGUCUAAUUUUAAAACUUUGAAACUCACUACUGAUGAUUCUCCAAGAGGCGAAUUUGUGCAAACACAUAGUCUGUGUGUUUUGUAUACACUGUAUGCCCCUGCCCUAAAUCUUUGUAUCAUCCACAUCCUCCAACAAUAAAGCAUAGAAUGGAUUUAAUUAAGCACAGAAAUGCUAAGGCAGAAUUUUGAGGGAGGGAGAGAGGAAAAGAAAGGGGAAGAAGCUGAAAAUGUAAAACCACACCAGAGAGGAAAAAUGACAUUCAGAACCAGCAAACACUGAAUUUCUCUUGUUGUUUUAACUCUGCCACAAGCAUGCAAUUUUGUUAAAAAGAGAUGACUUAAGUUGGCAGCAGUAAUCUUCUUUUAGGAGCUUAUACCACAGUCUUGCAUGUAAGUCGGAUUUGGCUCAAGUAAAGAGAAUUUCCUCAAAAUUAACUUCACCGAGAUAAUCAGGAGCAUAACUACCCUGGAAGCACAUCACUAGCCAAAGAGGGAAACGUCUGCUUUUCUUAUUGUGCCUAUAUUAAGAUGAGCACAAGUAUGGUGUGUCUUUCAACAUUUAUUGAAAAUGCCAUAUCUGUUACAUAUUUUAUUGGAGUCACUGAUGAUAUAGUGAUAUUUUUUCGUUAUUAUAGUAGAAUUUUUUUAUGACAAGAUAUUUGUGAUCUUGAUCAUAUCUAUGAAAAUAAUGCCAAAGACCCAAUAUGAAUUUUAUGAUGUACACUUUGUGCUUGGCAUUAGAAGAGAAAAACACACAUC